AUGGGAGCGUACCAGUACCGGCCUCUGGAUCCCCAUAGCCAUAAGCCGUCGUCGUCGUCGAGCAAAAACCCUGUCUGUUUCCUGUCCAAACCCGUCUGCGCUUGGCUCGCCUGCGGCUUCCUCUCGUUGGCUCUCCUCCACCUCCUCUGCUGCAGCCCCGCCGGCAAUCAACGAGCGGCGUUCGUCUCUCCUCUGCUCAACUACAUCAACAACACCUACUCCUUCGUCUCAUCUGUGCCUGAAGGAGCAAAGAAGAGCUGCAACUACUCGGAGGGGCAGUGGGUGCGGGCGCCGGGGCACGCGCGCCGGUACAACGCCACCCAGUGCGACGUGAAGGAGAGCCACGACUGCAUCCGCAACGGGCGGCCCGACACGGGGUACCUCGAAUGGCGGUGGCAGCCGGCGGGGCCGCCGUCGUGCGCGCUGCCGGAGUUCGACGCCGGGGCGUUCCUCUCGGCGACGCGCGGCAAGCACGUGGCCUUCAUCGGGGACUCCAUGGCGCGGAACCAGGCGCAGUCCCUGGUCUGCCUCCUGAGCGCCGCGUUCCCGAGCCGGCUCCUGCACCGCGACGAGGGCUACCAUCAGAAGCACAACUUCUGGCGGUACGCGUUCCCGGCGCACGACGUGAGGGUGUCCUUCUACUGGAACCCGUUCCUCGUCAGGGCCACGGGCAAGGCCGAGGACGAGAGCGUCCCCUACAACCACGUGCACCUCGACCAGCCCGGCGACCGGUGGGGCGCUGACGCCGACACGAUCGACGUCGCCGUGCUCGCCGCCGGCCACUGGCUGCUGAACGGCGCCAUCUACUACAACGGCAGCGAGGUGAUUGGCGCGCACAACGCCCCCGCGGAGAUGAAUUACACCGGCAUUGGCUACGCGUGGCCGCUCAAGAUGGUGUACCGGACGGCCGUGGAGCGGCUGAGCUCCGCUGGCGGCGGCCGUCCCCGGACCUUGGUGCUAGCCACGUUCUCGCCGGCGCACUUCGACGGCAGCCCGACCGACAGCCCCACGGCGUGCACGAAGAUGGAGCCAUACAAGGAAGGGGAGAAGGAGGUGGAUUGGGUCUGCAAGGAGGUCAGGGACAUCGUGUACGGUGAAGCGGAGGCCGCCAGGGCGAGGAGCGGCGCGGCGACAAGGAUCGAGGUGCUGGACGUGACGAAGCUGGCGACGAUGCGGCCAGACGGGCACCCCGGCGUGUACAUGAAUCGCGACCCGUUCAAGCACGGCGUGCCGGAUAAGAUUUACUCCGACUGCCUCCAUUUCUGCCUGCCCGGGCCUGUCGACACCUUCAACGAGAUAUUACUGCAGAUCCUGAGGAACAGGCGGUGA